UUGAUUUUGUUUUUCUUUUUUAUUUCGCAUUCGGUGUGUUCAUUUUGAUUGGUUUAAAAUUUGCUCAUAACGCGUAGUGCCCUCCGCCGGGUGCCGUCAAAAUUGUUGUGGAACAACGUGUUUUAGCUGAAGGAAUAACUAACCUCAAAAGUAGUGGUUAAACUCGACUUCUGUCUUCAAAAUUUCAGGUUGAAGAUUUUCGACUGCAAAUAAUUCUGGUUUUAAGUAAUGUAACAUAAUGGCCCCGAAUGGUACUCUGAAACGUAAAGGAAGCAAGGAUGUACCGAAACGAUAUGAUGAAGACGUCGCUAGCAUUUCUAAAACUAAUGGACUUGAGAAUGGAUUGGAGCUCACGGACAUGGUGAUAGUGGACAGUUCAGGUUCUGAAGAAUCUGAUAAUGCAGAUUCUGAGUGCAGCACUGAAUUCAUGGAUGGAGAAGAAAGUGACGAUGACGUGGAAGGCGAGAACACAGAGGACGAAGGUGAUACUGACGACGAUCAUUUUGAUGAAGGUCAGCUUGAUGCCGAAGAAUACUCAGCCGACGAGGACUUAGAUCAUCAGUGUGAUGGCAACGAGGAUUUCGAAGACUGUGGGGAUGAAAUGGAGGAGGGACCAGAAUAUGAUGAUUCUGACUUAUCUAGUGCAAUGGACCCUGCUACAGAUGACUCGAAAAAUAUUGAUGACAAUUCUGAUGAGAGUGAGGUUUCAGUUGAUAUACCAAAGUCGAAAGACUAUCAGAAAAUAAAAAAAUUAGCUAGGUCUAAACUCAUUGACACAGUUAGUACCAAUAGUGAUGGAAAAAGUGUGGUGUCCAAAGAUGAAUAUAAACAUGAUUCGUCGGAUGAAGAGGACAUUAGAAAUACUGUUGGCAAUAUACCGAUGAACUGGUAUAAUGAAUACUCACAUUUGGGCUAUGACUGGGAUGGCAAAAAAAUUCCAAAACCAGAGGGUAUGCAAAACUCAGAUCAAAUCGAUGCAUUUUUGGCCAGGAUGGAAGACCCAGAUUUCUGGAGAACUGUUAAAGAUCCACAGACUGGUCAAGAUGUUGUGCUUAGUGAAAAUGAUAUAAAAUUGAUUCAAAGAAUUCAGGCCCAGAGAAUACCUGAUAGUACAUAUGAAGAAUUUGGCCCAUGGAUUGAUUGGUUUACAUCUGAGGUUAUGAAGACACCUAUUCGCAGUUUUCCUGAACACAAGAGAUCAUUUCUGCCUAGCAAAUCAGAAAAAGAUAAAGUAUCAAAAAUGGUUCAUGCUUUGAAGAUGGGUUGGCUUAAAACAAAAGCUGAGCGUGAUCAGGAACGUGCAAAGAAAGAUCCCCAAUUUUAUAUGCUUUGGUCUGCUGAUGAUCAGCCUGAACAUAUGCGUAGAAUUCAUAAACACAUUGCGGCGCCGAAAAGACACUUGCCAGGUCAUGCUGAAAGUUACAACCCACCUCCAGAAUAUCUAUUUGACAAGAAAGAAUUGAAGCAAUGGAAUAAACAAAAGGACACACCAUGGAAGCGUAAACUACAUUUUGUACCUGAAAAAUAUAAUUCACUACGCGAAGUACCAUCAUAUUCAAGAUACAUCAAGGAACGUUUCUUACGUUGUCUUGACCUUUACUUAUGUCCCAGAGCUAUAAAAAUGAGAUUGACUAUUGAACCGGAAGCUUUGGUACCACAACUACCAAGUCCUAAAGAUUUGCAGCCAUUCCCUACUGUACAAAGUCUCGUCUAUAAGGGACAUAAAGACAUGAUAAGGUGCAUGACAAUAGAUUGUCUUGGACAAUAUCUGGCUACAGGGUCUGAUGACAUGACAGUAAAAGUUUGGGAAGUUUGCACCGGCCGUUGCUUGCGCACAAUAUCAUGUACGGGGACAAUACGUAGUAUUGCUUGGAGUCCAGUUCCAGCUUUAAGCAUUUUGGCUGUAGCUGCGGAUCGUAAAGUGUUAUUAAUUAAUCCUAGGGUUGGUGACCAAUUAGUUGUUAAGAAAACUGAUGACUUACUGGAAACCCCACCUGCACCAUCCGAUAUUAUAAUACCUGAAAGAGUAAAGACUGCAGUACAAUGGGAUCAAGCUAGUAGUGAUGAAUGGUACAAUGGUAUAAGAGUUGUCUUAAAUCAUUUUAAAGAAGUUAAACAGGUAACUUGGCAUGGCAGAGGGGAUUAUUUUGCUACAGUUAUGCCAGAAGGUCAAAAUAGGUCUGUAAUUAUACAUCAGCUGUCUAAAAGGAGGUCACAGUUACCAUUCAGCAAAAGUAAAGGUCUGGUGCAGUGUGUUCUAUUUCAUCCUAUUAGGCCAUUUUUCUUUGUUGCUACACAACGUAAUGUUCGUAUAUAUGACUUGGUGAAACAAGAAUUAGUCAAAAAGUUGUUGAGUAACUCCAGAUGGAUAUCUUGUAUGGCUGUUCACCCUGCGGGCGAUAAUUUAUUAGUUGGCACAUAUGAUAGAAAAAUGUUGUGGUUUGACUUGGAUCUGUCAACAAAACCUUACCAAACAUUACGAUUGCAUGGAACUGCAGUUCGAGGUGUAGCUUUUCAUAAGCGGUAUCCAUUGUUUGCAUCCGGUUCUGAUGAUAGAAGUUUGAUCAUAUCUCAUGGGAUGGUAUACAAUGAUCUGUUACAAAAUCCGCUGAUUGUACCAGUAAAAAGAUUACAGUAUCAUGAAUCAUUUAAUGAUUUUGGUAUUUUUGAAGUAAUGUUCCAUCCUCAGCAGCCUUGGUUAUUUUCGACGGGAGCCGACGCGACAGUGAGACUUUACACAUAAUAUUGUCUAAAUUAUUUUAUAGAAAUGAAAAUCAUGAUUUGAUAAGUAUUCCAUAUGAUAGAUGAAAUUAUUUUUCAACUGGUUUUAUAUUUUAGUAAAAGAUGUUUGACGUUAAUGUUAUAAUAUAUAUUUUGUUAAAUACAUCAAC